UAGACGGAUAACAGCACAUACUGAACCACAUGGGAAAAUAAAGUGAACGAUAUUGAUAUCUAACUUUUAAUCUUAAUUAUCUCAACUUGACUUGAGUCAUGGUGCUGAAGAACAAGACAGCCCAAGUAGAGGCAGUGCUGUUGGAUGAGGAUAAACUGCACAAGUUGAUGGUGUCCCUUUCUGUGGAUGGAGAAGAACAUGCAGUCAAACAGGUUGCUCAGACGCUACAAGCCUGUUUGGAGCUAACAGACCCAAUGAAGCAGAUCCAAUUAGUAAAGAAGGCAGGGUCCCAGCUGGAGAGACUGACAGAAGAUCAGCCUCAUGGGACUCUCCUUGAGGCUUGUCUGCACACCCUGAGUCUGAUCUACACCUCCCUUAAUGUUAAGAACCCCCUACGGCGCACCAUUGCAAGUGCCUUUGGUUCAGUACCAGCCUGGCUGCAGCAGCAGACUGUAGACUGUUUGUCUGCCUGCAUGUCCAACUGUUUGUCCAAUUCUUCUUCAGAGCAUUAUCCACACACUGUGGACACCAUUACAGCCUGUUUCGAUGGCUUCCCUCUAGGUGAAAGAUGCAUUAUUAAACUUUUGCCUGAAGUAUUGCAGUUUCUUCACAAGGGAUUGAGUGAAUACCUUCAGCAGAACAGUGCUCUCGUAGGUCGCCACAUUGCCCAGGCUCAGCUAAUGCAGAAUUGUUUGGCUAUGGUAAAGACAUCCAUGCUAGUGAUCCAGAAAACACAGGACAUCAUCAGCUCUGCCCUGCAGAAGGACCAGGAUCAGUGCAAGCUUCAGGGCAUGCUGAGCAGCCUCCUGGGUUGUUACACACGCAUCCUCACUGAUGAGGAGUUUAUCCAAGCGAUCCAGAGUACAGCAGGCAUGGCUGUAGUUUUACUCAUAAAGUCUGUCAUGGGUUCUGGAGAUGAAGUCGCCUCUAUGGUGUGCAGUCUGCUGCACAGCUCACAACAUGCUUUGGAAUCAGCUCCUCAGUGGCUAACCCAGAGGUGUGAGUGUCUGUGUUCUAGUGGGCGUCCACUAGGUGUCUCACUGUACUUGUGCCAUGGGGCUUUAGCAAUGUUGAGCUGGAAGAGCGCCCUCCCAGGGCCACAGUGGGAACAGCUGUUGCUCUUGGUUCCAAACACACUGUUGGAACUUGAUGUCAGCAUAAAGGAGUCCAGCACAGCUAUGGUGGUGGCGCGGGUGCUGAACCUGUGGAGUGGUGCAGCCCUUGACUGCUUGCAGGGAGCCAUGAAGCCCUGCCCACCCGCACUCCAGCAGACUCUCAGUGGAGGCUCUGAGCUACACGGACGGAUCUUGGAGCACAUCUACUCACACUGGGAGCACCCACUAGAUGGAGUCCGCCACCAGACUGCCUCAUUGUUCCGGAACCUCCUUCUUCUCCAUCAGCACACCAUGCCCUCCGUCUGCGUCCCAACCAAAGACCCAUACAUCACCAAGCUAACGCAAAGCCUGCUGGGACUGGAGUGGCACAUGAGGGGAAAAUAUGGCUCUUUAGGCUGCCUGGUUGAGCUUCACGGGGCAGCGUACCUACUUGACAUCGAACCACAGCUGCCUUCAUCUCUCCUGGGCUUGAUGGGUGACCAGACUCUGGCUCCUUAUGUGGGUGACCUCCUGGAGAAACUGUUUGUGAGCCACAAGGUGCAGCUGGCUGCUGAAGCCAGUGCAGCAGGCCAAACAGCCACAGAGGAUUGGAUGGAACACUGGCACCAGACGUGGGUAACCCCCCUGCUGCAGGUUCUGUGCCGUGCCAGAGUGGACCAAACUUCAUACAUUCUGGAUUAUUUUCUGCCUAAGCUGCUUCGAUGUAGCCCCUCCAGUCUGACACACAUGGUACAGGCCUUGCAGAACACACCACCCUGCAGUGUAGGUCCUCCAGGCAGCAGGGGUGCACUGGGUGCUCUGAUGACGUGCCUGCGGGCGGCCAGGGCACAGGGUGUUACACCAUCUUCAGAGGAGGGUUUUUGGGGAGGACUAGUGCCUCUUUUGUUGCUCCAAAAAGCUCUUUUGCACCAACAUGAUCAAGUGAGGAUGGAUGCUCUGGGCUUAGUGUGUGAGAGCCACCGCAGCACAGAGGCUCUGACCUCACAGGAAGUCGAUCUGAUCAGCUACUUCUUGCUACCAAACCUCAACAGCCAGUCACCAGGAGUUAGACAGCAAACAGUCAGCCUGCUGAAGAAGUUACUUUGUAGAGUGAAGGACAGCACUCAGCUGCUACAGAAGAGACUGAGCCAAGAGAAAGACAAGGACCAGAGAGACGGAGACCAGCACACGCUACAUAUGUAUAAGGAAUUCCUGCAUUGGCUUUGUGUGACAUUGCUGGAGGUUUUACUUCCUGGAGCUUCCUUCUCUAAAUGCCUGAUGUCCCUCCACCUGCUCAAUUUGCUGGCCCAGAUCUUCACCUUCAGCACUGGGCCUGAUGUGUUUGCCCUGGGUGGAGUUGUGACCCCUGUCCAUGGUCAGAAUGUUCUCUACUGUGUUGCCAGUAACUUCCUUGAAGUCAAGCAGCUAGCCUCCACAUUAAUACAACAGCUGCCUCCAUCAGUUGUGGGGUUACAGGAACCAGAGAGAAUGCGUUGUGUCCUUCAGGCAGCACUGGACCUCAGUACGAGCACCAAACCCUUUAACAGCGUGACGGCAGCUCAUCUUCUCAACCUGCUGAUACACCAGCCACACCUGAGCCAGGCAUUGCUGCAUUGUGCUGAGGAGCAGGGCCUCAUGUUCCAGCCGCCCUCCCCAUCACCACCUAAUGCUGCUGAGGCUCACACCUUGGAGCUCAACACUUUGGCUGUGGUUCAGUUCUUGCUGUUGUGUCUGCAGUCAGAGGUGUCGAGGGCUGAGUCAUCUCUCUUGAGGGCAGCUGCUUCCUGCCCUCUCUACGGCAGAGCUCACUGCAUCACUGCUGUGCUUCAACAUCUCAACACGGAGAUUUGGAGCCAGACUGAGCAGUGGAGAGCUCUGGUGUCAGGGCUGAUAGCUGUGUGCUACAGGAUGUCUGAUGUGGUUUCCCCCAUCGUACAGAGCUCCUCCCCUGAAGGACUCAUCCCCAUGGAUACGGACUCAGGCACCUCAGCAGGCCUUCAGCGGAUCCUCCAAGAGAUCCAGCCCAGAGACAACAAUGACUUCUUCACUGCUGCCAGAGAGUUGGACAUGCACCAUGAGGAUGAUCACACAGAAAGCCAAGGCACACAUGCGCCAGUGCUAGAUACAGGCUCCGAAGGCUACAGGGUGACUGCACAGAUGGUGCUGGUAUGUUGCUGGCGGAGCAUGAAGGAAGUGGCCAUGUUGCUCGGACAGCUGUGUCAGAGUCUACCUCUGCAUUACACCAACAACGAGACACAGACACACUUUGGGCUCAUCACAGAAGAUCAGGUGGAAGGAGUAGGCCUGUACUUCUGUCAGCAGCUUCUGCAGUCUCGCCAUCGCGGCGCUUUUGAACUGGCGUAUGUGGGCUUUGUGCGCCUCACCAACGUGCUGUGCAGGAGUGGAAGCCUGACCCUGCAACAUCUUCCAGCCCGCUGGCUGUCUGAGGUGCUGGAAGAGGUCAAAUCCAGUGACCCAUCAUCCAAACUGUGUGCCACACGACGCAGCGCUGGAAUACCUUUCUACAUCCAAGCUCUGCUCUCUUCUGAGCCCAAGUCAUCCAGUUGCAGCCUGUUGAAGAAAACCAUGAGAGAGCUGAUCACCUUGGCCGUGCCUUCUACUGACAGGAACACAGAUCGCUCCACUGUUCCUCAGGUCCAUGCUCUGAACAUCCUGCGGGCGCUAUACAGGGACACUCGUCUGGGGGAAAACAUAAUUCCAUUCGUCUCGGAUGGAAUGCAGGCCGCUGUGCUGGGCUUCACCUCUCCUGUCUGGGCUGUAAGGAACUCCUCUACUCUUCUCUUCAGUACUCUAAUCACAAGAAUCUUUGGAGUCAAGAAAGGAAAGGAUGAACACUCAAAAAAGAACAGGAUGACCGGUCGAGAGUUUUUCACUCGGUUCCCAGCACUUUACCCCUUCCUUUUGCACCAGCUUGAGGAGGCCGCUGCCUCAGUGGAAGGUGAGAGUGGUCAGGUGAAACUGCACCCCAGUCUGUUCUUGUUGCUGCUGGUGCUCAGUCGACUGUACCCUUCUCCCAUGGAUGGGUCCUCUUCAUCUUUAGGACUCGCACCUUUCAUUCCCUUCAUCAUUAGGUGUGGGCGUUCUGCGGUGUAUCGGACCAGGGAGAUGGCAGCUCGGGCCCUCGUUCCCUUUGUACCGGUCACACAGGUCUUAUCCACUGUUCAUUUUUUACUGCAGGAGCUUCCUUCACAGCCAAGACCCACAAUGCAACACAACCACAUCCAUGGGACUCUGCUUCAGGUGCUGUUUCUGCUGCGUUCCUACCAAGCUGACUCACACAGAUCCCUACCAGCAGGAAAUGGCAUCAGCAAAGCUCUUCGUCAGCGCAUGUGGCUCGCCUCUCGACAGAAUAACUGUAUGGUGACCAGAGGAGCCUUUUUGGAUGUGCUGGUUUUCCUUUGUGAAUCCAAAAUCAGCCUUUUGGAUGAUGUGGAUGUUGCUGAGCUUCGUCGUGAGGGCUUGGCAGUCCUGAUGGACUCGGAUCUGGUCACCCCCAACAGAUCUGUCACUGUUGUUGGACCCGGGAGCACCCAGUACCUGCUCAGCCUGGCUCAGGUGGCUUUCAGUGCCAGUGUGGAGAUCCCUGAGCUCUGGUGUGGCCCUCAGUUCACGACACAGCUGCUGAAGUGCCUACUGCUGUGUCCCCAGUAUGAAGUGAGGGAACUCACACUGGAGAAACUUCUGAGGAGGCUGGAGCAGCAGGAAGAAGAUGAGAUAAAGAUGAGACCUGCAUGGCUUGAUGAGACCAUCCUGACUAACCUGAUGAGCCUGGCUCUUCAUGAGACACACCCCCAGUGUCUGGCUAAGGUGCUUCAUGUGUUGCGCAUGUUGAGCUCUAGUGUUGAGCCGUGGAGGGACAGAUUUCAGAUUUUGUCCCAAGAGGAAGUCCUGUUACACCUGCUCACUCUGGCUCAGCAGUCUGCUCACAGUGUGGAGCUACACUGUGCCGCCAUGACCCUGCUCUCUCACCUGGUGGUUCAGCUGGUAAACGUUGACCCAAAGGGUGCGAGCGCAGUGGCUUGUUUGAGUCAGUGGGUGGAGCUGCUGCACUCCUGCUGUGGUGAGGAACAGCCAGUAGAUGUGAAGCUGAUGGCUGCACGUGUGAUGGUUGACUGUACAGCCACUCUGCUGACCAAUCCCAUGCUGCCGCUGGGUCUGUCCACCACAGUGUCUCUGUGGAGGAGUCUUUUCAUGCUGUUGCAGGAUGAAGAUCGAGAUGUUCGUGAUUUGGCCGCUGACUUCACAUCCGAUGUACCACAGUGUCUUCUAAACACAGAUGUGGCGGGAGUGUCUGUGUGUCCUCCCGUAGCCCUGCACUUGGGUGUGGGGAUCCUGUGUCGGCUGUUUGAGCUGUCCGGCUGUGUGCCAGCAGGUGUCCUCGUUCUGACAGAGUGGCUGCUGGGGCAGGAAGAGACCACUGGAGAGACACGUGGAGAGGAAGCUUCCUCUCUUGAUGAAGAAGAGUUCCUGUUUGAGAAAGGGGAUCUAAAUCUGUGGGCGGAGCCUAUCCAGUGGGUAAAGCUGCUUCAUAGACACCUCAGUUCUCUCAUCCUGACCUUUGAGCAAAAUCCGGAAUCAGGAUAUUCUGAACUGGACCUGGAGCGUCUUAGCACACUGUCAGCACAGGCUCAGGCCCAAACACUCAGCUCCCAGCAGGCACUGAGCAGCCUCCCCGCCCCGCCUCAGUUCUACUGCACGAUGGAGCAUGCCCGGCUAACGCUGCAGCACCAGAGGGCCACGCUUACUGUGGAGGUGCUGGAGAAGCUCAGGCCUUAAACAGAGGGGAAGGUGAUCUGGAUCACUGCAGCGACCAUUCAACCAGCACACUGAACACUUCUCUUUUCUACUCUGUUGAACAAAUACUGACAGAUAUUGUUCUCAUUGAGAGCAUAUAUAUGUAUUUUAAUUUAGUUGACUGUGAUAGAUGUUUUUAAAUUAAAACGUUUUUUUUAAAGAAAA